AUGUUCGCAGAAGUUGAAAACACGUUCCUUUAUUUCGCUUACGGAAGUAAUCUGCUUAAAAGAAGGAUUCACAUCAAUAACCCCUCAGCAAACUUCUUAGGAAUAGGACGUUUAGAGGACCAUCAGCUUGACUUUAUUAAAUAUUCUGAACAUUGGAGGGGAACUUCAGCCACUAUUGUACCUAACCCAGGAUCCCAUGUAUGGGGAGCAAUAUGGAGAUUACAUAAUGAUGACAUGCCUGCAUUAGACAAGCAAGAAGGUGUCGACUCCAAUUGGUAUUUUGCUAAAAAUGUAGACAUUAUACUACAGGAUGGCUCGCAAGCCAAUUGUAGAACUUAUCAACAAACAAUCAAUCCACCAGUUAGAAAAAACGGUGAAGAACUACCUGAAGAUCGCAGACCUUGUAUUACAUAUUUAGAUUGUAUUGUAAAUGGAGCAAUUGAAUGCAAAUUACCUGAAUAUUACAUUGAAGAACUCAAAAAAAUACCAAACAAUGGACAAGAGGCAUCUCCUAGCAUGAUUGAGAAACUAAACCGAACUUCAUAA